CCGCCGCCGCCGGCCUCCGGGGCCGGUGUUUCGAGGCCGGGCCGGACGGGAACCUCCCGCCCCUCGCGGGAACAGCCGCCUACCGGCGCGUCGGGGAGGAGCCGCCGCCGCCCGUGCGGACUGCGGAAGAGUCCGGGCCUCGCAGGGAUGGGGAGCAACCCGCGGCACUGAGAGACCAGGUUCCUGUCACCUCUGGCUGCGGGACCUCCUCCCCCGGCGCCCGCGGUCGUCCCAGCGCCCGGAGCCUGGUGGGGGCGGCGAGGAAGACGAGAGGGGUCCCCCGGCCCGGGGACAUGGAGCCGCGCGAGCCUGGCGCGGGACGGCCCGAGACGCGGCCGAGGCUGCGGCCACGAGCGGCCGGCAGCCCCAGAUAGAGAGCGGAGAGCUGAGCGGCCGGCCCCGCGGCGGCGGGGACUCGCAGGCCCCCGACUCUCCGGAGGAGGAGCCGACACCCAGCCCCGCGCUGAUCCCGCCCCAGCCCCGGAGGGAUUCCCGGGCCCCUUCCCCUACGGCUCGCCGACUUCCCUCCGUGACGAAGUUUUCUCCUUGUGCCUUCCCGAGGAUUGAGCUCUAGCUCUCGAACUCGCCUUCUGGCGGACUUCCUCGGUUUGUUUUGGGAGAUAACCUGUUUUGCUCCGACCUACAUCCCCUUUCCUUGACCCUUCCAGUCGGAUGUUCUAGAUGACUGAAUGGAGUUUUGAGUUGGACUUUUGUGUCCCUUACGGAGUCGGGCCUGAUCCCAGAGCACUGGGGGUGGGGUGGAGGUGUUACUGUAAAAUGCAAGUUGGAUAAAAGGAGGACCUCUCGCCAAGGGCCCCAAUGAGUGGCACACAGUCUACUAUCACCGACAGGUUUCCCCUCAAAAAACCUAUAAGGCAUGGGAGUAUUUUGAACCGAGAGUCACCAACAGAUAAGAAGCAGAAAGUUGAGCGCAGUGCAUCACAUGAUUUUGAUCCUACAGAUAGCUCCUCCAAGAAGACAAAGUCUAGUUCAGAGGAGAGUAGAUCCGAGAUAUAUGGUCUUGUUCAGCGUUGUGUGAUCAUCCAGAAGGAUGACAAUGGAUUUGGGCUGACGGUCAGUGGAGACAAUCCAGUCUUCGUACAGUCUGUCAAAGAAGAUGGAGCAGCCAUGCGGGCUGGGGUACAGACAGGUGAUCGAAUCAUCAAGGUGAAUGGAACUCUGGUGACUCAUUCAAACCAUUUGGAAGUGGUGAAGCUAAUCAAAUCUGGUUCCUAUGUAGCUCUCACUGUGCAGGGACGCCCACCUGGGUCGCCCCAGAUUCCACUCGCUGAAUCUGAAGUAGAGCCAUCAGUCAUUGGACAUAUGUCUCCCAUCAUGACAUCCCCUCAUUCACCUGGAGCAUCUGGGAACAUGGAGAGAAUUACUAGUCCUGUGCUCAUGGGGGAGGAAAACAAUGUGGUUCAUAACCAGAAAGUAGAAAUUCUGAGAAAAAUGUUACAGAAAGAGCAGGAACGGCUGCAGUUAUUGCAGGAAGAUUACAACCGAACACCUGCCCAAAGAUUGCUAAAAGAGAUCCAAGAGGCCAAGAAACACAUUCCUGAGCUGCAAGAGCAGCUAUCCAAAGCCACAGGCUCUGCUCAGGAUGGAGCUGUUGUUACAUCCUCCAAGCCUUUAGGUGACCCCCUGACAGUCAGUGAGGUGGAAGCCGAUCCUGGUGACGGGCUAGGCAGAAUUGACUCUAGCAGCGGAGAUGCUUCUCGGCCCAGUAGUGACAGCGCAGACAGUCCCAAGAGUGCCCUGAAAGAGAGGAUUUAUCUAGAGGAAAACCCAGAGAAAAGUGAAGUGACUCAGGACACUGAUACUCAGUCACUCAUCGGGAGUCCCUCUCCCCGUAUAGCACCUCAUAUUAUUGGAGCAGAGGAUGAUGAUUUCGGUACUGAACAUGAACAGAUCAAUGGGCAGUGCAGCUGUUUCCAGAGCAUCGAACUGCUGAAAUCUCGCCCUGCUCACCUGGCUGUUUUCUUACACCACGUGGUCUCACAGUUUGACCCCGCGACGCUGCUUUGUUAUCUCUAUUCAGACCUGUAUAAGCAGACCAAUUCCAAGGAGACUCGUCGUGUCUUCCUUGAGUUUCAUCAGUUCUUCCUGGAUCGAUCUGCACACCUGAAAGUUUCUGUGCCUGAUGAAAUAUCAGUAGAUCUAGAAAAAAGAAGACCUGAGCUUAUACCCGAGGAUCUGCACCGCCACUAUAUCCAAACUAUGCAGGAAAGAGUCCACCCAGAAGUUCAGAGGCACUUGGAAGAUUUUCGGCAGAAGCGUAGCAUGGGGCUGACCUUGGCUGAAAGCGAACUGACUAAACUCGACGCAGAGCGAGACAAGGACCGGGUAACUUUGGAGAAGGAACGGGCAUGUGCGGAACAGAUCAUUGCCAAAAUUGAAGAAGUGUUGAUGACUGCUCAGGCUGUAGAAGAAGAUAAGAGUUCAACAAUGCAGUAUGUUAUCCUUAUGUACAUGAAGCACUUGGGGGUAAAAGUGAAAGAACCUCGAAAUUUGGAGCACAAGCGGGGUCGGAUUGGAUUCCUUCCAAAAAUCAAGCAGAGUAUGAAGAAAGAUCGAGAAGGCGAAGAAAAAGGGAAGCGCAGAGGAUUCCCCAGCAUCCUGGGACCCCCAAGGAGACCAAGCCGUCAUGACAACAGUGCAAUUGGCAGAGCCAUGGAGCUACAGAAACAGCGCCACCCAAAGCACUCACCCGCACCCUCUUCUGUAAGUCCUGAGCCUCAGGAUCCUGCUAAGGUGCGCCAGAGUGGGUCAGCAGGUGAAGGAACAGAUGUCGGAUACCUGCCAGCCAAUUCCAUGUCCUCUGUGGCAUCAGGAGCCGCUCCUUCCCAGGAAGGAGGGAAAGAGAAUGAUACAGGAUCAAAGCAAGUUGGAGAAACACCAGCAUCUGGAGACUGCAUAGAUAGCACCCCUCGGACUCCCAAUACUGUCUUUGAUUUCCCACCUCCUGCCUUAGACCAAGUGCAGGAGGAGGAGUGGGAAGUGGAAAGGGUGACUGAACAUGGGACACCAAAGCCCUUUCGAAAGUUUGACAGCAUAGCUUUUGGAGAAAGUCAAAGUGAGGAUGAACAGUUUGAAAAUGACUUAGAGACAGAUCCACCCAACUGGCAACAGCUCGUUAGUCGAGAAGUAUUACUGGGACUAAAGCCUUCUGAGAUCAAAAGACAGGAAGUAAUUAAUGAAUUAUUCUACACUGAAAGAGCUCAUGUUCGAACACUGAAGGUUCUUGAUCAAGUAUUCUAUCAGCGAGUGUCCAGGGAAGGAAUUCUGUCACCUUCAGAACUACGGAAAAUUUUUUCAAACUUGGAAGAUAUUCUUCAACUUCAUAUUGGAUUGAAUGAGCAAAUGAAGGCUGUUCGAAAGAGGAAUGAGACCUCAGUUAUUGAUCAGAUUGGAGAAGAUUUGCUGACCUGGUUCAGUGGACCAGGGGAGGACAAGUUGAAGCAUGCCGCUGCUACCUUUUGCAGUAACCAACCCUUUGCCCUGGAAAUGAUCAAGUCUCGUCAGAAAAAGGAUUCUCGAUUCCAGACCUUUGUGCAAGAUGCUGAGAGUAAUCCUCUGUGUCGUCGUCUGCAGCUGAAGGAUAUCAUUCCUACCCAAAUGCAGAGGCUUACCAAGUACCCUCUUCUGUUGGAUAAUAUUGCCAAAUACACAGGUACAGUGUUCUCACUGAAAUUAAAAAGCUUAGGAACAAAACAAAAAACCCCACGUCCUGCUAAAUAAUCUCUCACCGCGUCCUGGUGCCCAAGGGUUCAAUUUCCAGAGUCUGGCAGCAUUUUCUAACAAGAUCCAAUCCAGUCUUCUUGAGGCUCUUUGAUUUAAUGUGCUCCAUUAGAAGCACAUUAAACACAGCAUUUGGCAAACUACGAAUCGUGAACCAAAUCUGGCUCAUCACCUUUUUUUGUAAAAAAGUUUGAUUGGAACAUAGUCGUGCUCAUUGGUUGACAAAUUGUCUCUGACUGCUUUUUGCCUACAAUAAGCAGAAUUAAGUAGUUGUGACGGAGAGCAAUUUAGCCCCUCAAGUGCACAUCAUCUGGCGCUUUCCAGACUAAGUGCUCUUUGUACAGUCCUUUAUAUAGCGUAUGUUGUAUUUGCUUUGAAGAAGUCUUAUGCUGGGUGAAGAGAUGCUCUGUCUAUACAUGUGCUUUAAUUAAACCCGACCAAUGCAUUAUCACCCCAGCUCUCCUGUUUUAAACCAGGAAGUGAAUCCUAGUUUCUCAGUUGAGCUUUAGGCUCUUAUACUCAGUUCUCAUUAAUAAUUUUAUGCAAUCAAACUCCUAUUUCUUAUGCCUGAAAAUUUGAAAAUACUCCUA